AUGAUUCAGGUGUUCGCCUACAACGUUGGUGCGGGUGACUCUAAGGCGCUACAGCUAAAACAAGGAAAACUGCUGCAUUACAUCAUAGAAACCUUCAAAUCAAAGAAAGAAGAACAUGAAAAGAAAGGGAAAAUCGAGAAGAGGAAGCUUAUUGUGUUCUCAACGCAAGACUGGAUCCUACAGGCCCUACUCAAUGGUAUCGGGGCCGUAGAAGCGGCUAUUGGUGAAGGCAUUCCUAACUUUAACUCAAUGAUAAUGUUUGAAAUGCGUGAAGACAAAAAAGCGUACACCAUGCAGGUGUUCUACCAAGAUGGCGAAAAGGGUUCGGUGAAAGAUAUCACCGGAGCAGUACGCGGUUGUUCCAAAUCACCGUGCCCAUAUGAAGAGUUCCUUAAAUGUUGCAACGAUUACAAGAUUGCCGACCCUCACGAAGUUUGCCGUCUCAUCCCGUGA